AUGCGGCGAACAGCCUACCUCUCCUUUCCACACGCGCACAAUAUUAAUGGCAUACUCCUUAUAUACAGCCCCUCCCAGUACCAUCUCUCCCUCAUUGAGCUUCCGCCACCUCUCUCGCGAAUCCACAUCCAUCCUCUCGCCGCUCCCACAUCAUCCGACUUGGCCAUGUUAAAGUCCGAGGCCUAUUGCUACGUACUCAUUGAGGACGAUGAGAACGCUUCUCUAGAGAAAGGCUGCGUCAGUCCCACCACACCCACACCACCACCAAAAUCGCGCCGCGUCGCGGCGUGGAUCUCGCGGCUCUACCAGGCGCGGAAAGAGCGGAUGCGCACGCGCUCGCGGGGACCACCGCGCGCGAAGCCGGCGCCCGCUUCUACUCCAACGGAAGAUUUUUCGACGGGUGUGUCGCUGUUGCCCGAGCGGCGACAGGAGCAGCUGAGAUGGCUGUUGUAUUCUCAGUCUAUUUCGUGGGGGUACUGCGUCUGUCUAUGA